AUGGCCUCCAAUGCAAGCUGUAUUUUUUGUAAGAUCAUCAAAGGUGAAAUUCCAUCAUUAAAGUUAAUUGAAUCCAAAUAUUGUUAUUCAUUUUUGGACAUUCAACCAACCGCUGAUUAUCAUUGUCUUGUGAUCCCUAAACACCAUGGUGCUAAAUUACACAACAUUCCUGAUGAGUACUUGGCCGAUAUUUUACCUAUGGUUAAAAAGUUGACGCAUGUCUUCAAAUUGGAUGAAAAUAACACUCCAGAGGGCGAUGGCUAUAAUGUGUUGCAAAACAAUGGACGUAUUGCUCAUCAAGAAGUUGAUCAUGUUCAUUUCCAUUUGAUUCCUAAGAAAGAUUCUGAGUCUGGGUUAGGUGUUGGCUGGCCAGCGCAACCAACUGAUUUUCCCAAGUUGAAGCAAUUACAUGAAGAGAUCUUAGAUGAAUUGAAACAAUAUGAAGAGAAGUUGUAA